UAAACCUGAAUCUCGGGCUGAAUCGUGGGCUGAAUCUCGGGCUGCACCGCGGGCUACCUUCAGCCUGUUGAAGGCAGUGUUGGCGAAUGUAAUCUCGUUCCCUGACCUGGAUGACGCUUUUUGUCAUGAUAUUUCGUAUAUCCACAAUGACUGCACUGAGUCGGGUAACCAGACGUGAAACGAAACGGCGUGAAAUGCAGUCGUCUUUCGCUCAACUCGGACUCAGUUAUACCCCCAUGCCGGAUGUCAGCAUGAACAAACCAGGUGUACUCAAGUUAUUAAAAAAUUGAAAACAAGGUAAAGCUGGAGGCCCCGACAACAUCAGCCCAUGAGUUCUAAAGGAAUUGUCCAAGAAAUCGUCAUAGCAAACCCACGUUUAACAAUAUUACGGAAGUCACUUCAUGACGGGCAAGUACAGUACCUGCUAAUAGGAAACAUGCCAACAUUACUCCUGUCUUCAAGAAAGAUUCUUGCAAAUGUACACGGAUGUACAUGCACCGUAUCCAUCAUCGUAUGCAUGUAUGGAAGCUUGGUGUUUGAUUCAUACUGCACGUGUGCAUGAUGGCUGGUGUGGAAACGAAGACCAUAACGAGUAGCAAGAAUUGUCAUGAUAGUCUGCAAGCAUUGCGAACAUUCCAAGACUCAGAUGUAAUCCGCUAUGCAGAUUCUAACCAUAGCAACAUGCUCCUGACUGGACUUAGUCACCUACGCAGAGAGAAACUCCUUACUGAUGUUACACUUCAAGUUGGUCGUGAGAAAUUUUCAUGUCAUCGCAUUGUGCUGGCAGCAUGUAGCCCAUACUUCAAGGCCAUGUUCACAGGCGGUAUGCAGGAAUCAACAGGUAGCUGCAGUGUGGUGUGUCUUGGUGAUGUAGAACCUUUGUCGUUACAGCUUAUACUGGACUUUGUUUACACCGGAGCCAUUAGUCUAAACAAUGACAAUGUUCAGAAUGUGUUUUCUGCUGCCAAUCUUCUUCAAGUUGCACCAGUUGUCCACUUCUGUGCAGAGUACAUGGAGAAAAACCUUCAUGUUAUGAACUGUUUAGACAUGUACCAGUUGGCAUGCACAUAUUCUUGUGCAAACCUUAAAGAAGCAGCAUGGGACUUCCUCAAUUACCACAUACAGGAUGUGGUGAAUGAGCCUCAGGUAGUUCAUGCUAGCAUUGAUGUUAUCAAUGACAUAGUACGGAGUAAUCAACUCAAUGUAGCAUCAGAAGAUACAGUGCUCAAGAUGGUGCUUACUUGGUUGCAGUGGGACUUGAUCACCAGAAAAGUUUUCAUGACAGGUUUGUUGGAAAAUGUGCGAUUGCAACACAUUACACACGAUUCUUUACACAGUAUGACGACUGUUGAUAUGGAACCAGAGAUGAUGUGUGCUGUUCAAGAUGCUGUCAAAGUAUGCAAGGAAGCAUUUCACUCAUGUAAGGAAAGUAACUCUUCACAACAGAAAUUAAUGCAGCGACUUGGUAUGUCUGCUCAGGAAGUGUUACUUCUUAUUGGACGUAGUUGCACAGAACAUACACUGUGUUGUUACCACCCGCCUUCACAGACAAGCUUCUUUAUUAAUCUCCCUCCAGUCUGUCGAACUUUUGGUGCCAAACUUGUAGUGACUGAUGCUAAUGAUAUAUAUGUAGCUACUGAUGACUAUCGCGAGAAGAGCAUCUUUCGUUUUAACCACAUACAGGCAAAAUGGGUAGAAAUGUCACCAAUGUUACAAGGACGAUCAAACUUUGCUUUUGUUACUGUUGGUGGCAAACUGUUUGCUUUGGGAGGGUUAAAUGACUGGGAGAUUUUAAGAAGUGUUGAGUGGUAUGAUCCUGCUAGAGAUGAAUGGCAGUUUGCAAGUUCAAUGCCACGUGAUGUUAUUGAUUUCAGCGCAGCAACUUGUAAGAAUAUGAUAUAUGUAUUUUCUGGAAGUCGCACAAUGAGGUAUGAUAUCCACACUGACACAUGGAUAGCUACCCUGCCACCUAUGCCUACACCACGCCUUCAAGCUGCUUGCACUACCAAUGGGUCUGAAAUCUGGUUAAUUGGAGGCUUCUUAGCUCAGAGUAGCUCAGAGGUUCCUACUGUCAGUGUAGAAUCCUUCCUCCCAGAGAGUAACUCAUGGACUAAAAAGGAACCAUUACCAAGUCUGCUUCGUUUCUGUUCUGCUGUUAGGUAUGAAGCAGGCAGUAAACUUUACCUGUGUGGUAUGUGGUGUGGUGUGCAUGAAAUGGGCCUUAAUAUUCCCAUGCAACUUAGUUCCCAGUUUGAUCUGUAUGACUUUGAUGAGUUGACAAAUUGCUGGGCAGAUAUUGCUUUUGACAUACCAAUGCAAGAAGUAGAGUCAUGUGCAAGUGCUAGAGUAUUCAAGAGAUGAAAGUAUGGCGAGUGCAUCACUUUAAAGUUGAAAAAAAUUUAGUUGUAAUCGUAUCUGAAUAAUGGUACAUACCAUAGGAAGUAGAGCAGUAAUGGUCCAUGCCACAUGUACAUUGUUAGUUGAUGUUACUGGGUUUUACUUUUCAGUGUCUGCAUUUAAGUUAGAUGUGAAGUAAUCAGUCACUGUGUAUUUUUAGUAAAACAACACAAAAGGUUUGAAAAUUUCAAUUCACCGAUCAAACCACAAAAAGAAACAUGUCACAUGUUGUGCACACUGCACAUAAUGGAAAUGAAAGUUAACUUAGAAUCUUACAAAUGGAACCAUUUGCAUCUUUUAUGUUGCCUAAAAAUGCAUACAACAUACAACUUUUUAAAUUCAAUUUUUUGGGGGAAGUCAUCAACCCUCGGGGAAAAAAGAGAACCAUGGAUAGGGUGUCAUAAUAUGAAGAAUAUAGAUUUGGCAUUUAAACGAUUUAAAUAGUGUUAUACUUCAGCUUUUUGCAACCAAACUGCCAGCCUCAAACUUUUUAUUUGCCAACAACAACAGAAGUGGUGGUCCAUACCGGUGAUACUUGCUUUGAUCUGGCAGUGAUUCUUACACACACAGUGAUAUAUGAGGUGGAAGAAAUUGACCAGCCCAGUUGGGUAGCAGAGUCCCACUUUACUCAGUCCUGUACUGUGGUCUCCCAAUGAUUAACAGGGAUUUGGAAUUUUAAAUAAGGAACAUGUAUAUUGAAAUCUACUUGUUAACAGUUGUAACAGGUAGCUACAUGUAGUUAAACACCAUCACAAAUCCAUGUAAUACCCCCUGUUCAAACAGUAUGUAUUCACUUGUAUCUAGAAGAAUUUCAGGGUGCUGGUGAUAAUACGAUGUGUGCAUAGCAUGUCAGCAAUGUAAUGGGAAUGGACGAAGCAAACAGUGUUGUAUUUAAGUCCAUCACAAAGAGAUGUAAGCAAAGAGAUAUGGUGGGCAAUUGCAGGAAAUUAAAAUAAAAUACUGAGCCUGUGACGCAAUGCUCAGACAGGUAAUGGAGUCAAUAUACAUAAAAGAACUUUAGCCAGAAAUGAACAGAAAAGAAUGGACUGACAACCAUUGGGAACUCAAGUGUGCGCAACUGAAAAAAACUGGUUUCUGUGGGAUUGAUGAUGCAUCGGCACAUAGCUGAGGGUUCAGUGCAUCACAACUUAUCCAAGGGAAUAUGGCACGCUUGUGUUUGUUCUUUACACAUUCUGACAAUGGAUGGGAGAUGCCUGAAAAUUUGUACAAGUUUCAACAGGGAGAUGGCUUUACAGAAAUCAAGUAUGUUUCAGGGGAAUACCUGUACAAGGUCAAGAUCAUAAAGUUUGUUUAUAGUAAUAAUAUCCUUUUCUUAAAAUAAAUCAAAUGACCAUAAUUUUUGCAAACAUUGGCAUUUUUUCCCUCUUAUUCAGGAUUUGAAAUAUAAAGGUAUGAUUGAAACUAACAGUUUUAUUUUUACUUAAUUUUUCACAUAUGAAAUACACGUACUUGAAGGUAAAAGCGGCCAACGCCCAAGUGAUAACACUGAUGUACACAUGAUAACAUAACACCCCAAUGUAUGGAAACAGUGGGCAUGCAGAAAGAUACAAAAAUCCUAAUUUAUUGGCAGCACAGUCAUUAUUAAUGACCCUAAUACAUUAUAAGUUGAGCAGCACGUGGUUGGGCAAUAAUCCAGCAGAACAGCAGGAAGGACCUUACAGUAAAAUGGCAUGUGCAGAGUGGUUACAAACAUCCAGAAUUCCAACUUUUUAAGGUGUGUUACAUGAAGCUGGGUCUUGGUAAGUUGGAUAAAUUUGUUAAUAUUCCAACAAUAGGAAGCAUGUUGCAGUUCCUUUCAAUUCUGCUUCCAAGAAACAUGUCAUCCCAUUUGGGACACAGCAUACCGGUGCAUGUACUAUACAUUUACAUCGACAUACAUAUACUGUAUGUGUACUGGUGCUGUACAUGCAGAUGAUGAGGUCAAGCAAAUCAUAUCUUCAAUCAAACGAGUCUGAAGCAGGGUGGACUGAUGAUAAAUAUAAAUACAAUUGACUCCCAUUAAUACCAGUACCGACUCCAUGAACAGUGGCUGCUUUUAUAUAAGCACGAGACUGGAAUCCACUUGAUGCAAAUUUCCGAUUCUAACCUGUUGGCUAUUUAAGUCUGCAGUUUUACUGGUAACAUGGGUCAACUGACUAAAAUACACUGUGCUUACCAUCAAAACUCCAAAAUGUUAAUAUGGUUACAAAAUAUUACAAAAGUGCAGAAAUUGAGAAUGACUGCAGAAGUUGAUGCAUUCCAUGCUGAUGUAUCUGAUGUAUGAAGUUACAAAUUGGGAAAAUACCCAAUUUUACUUGUGUUGUUUGAAUAUAUGUACGCAACUACUUAAGACUCAUUCACUAUCAUUAUUGUGUUUCUAAUACUUUAUUGCAUGGUUGGGCCAACUCGCCUGCAAUCCUUAACCGCAACCUUCUAGGGUGCACCCUUGUGUAAAAUCAUUGACAUUGAUUGAAAUUGAAGGAUUUGGGACUCAGUGUGGUCUAUACAUAAGUGUACCGUGUUUGUAAAAAUUUACUGUACUACUCUAAUUUAUGCACAAAUGCAUUUCGUCCAUAUGACCAAAGUGGAAUAAAAUGAAAGGAUAUAAAGAACAAAAUCAUGCAUACAAGCACAAUUAUUUAUUCAAAUGCAAAUUCCAUGCAGCUAAUAUUGACCAGCCACUCAGAACCACUUAAGAAAGUGUAUGUUUUCUUCUAGAUUUGAUCUGUUUUCUUUUUGUUGGUAAUUCUGUUACAAUUUUUUUUGUAACAGAUUUUGUUUUCUCUGCUAAGUUUAAGAGUUCCAUUUGAUGGUACAGUAAUUAAAUUACCAUUACAUGUAUUUUUGACUUGAUUAUUUUUGUGAUUUUUGGGCUUAAUUUGAAAACAAACACUUAAAUUACAAGAAUUACAGAGUCAAAGUUGCAAGACGGGGAUUGAUACACACUGGGAAGAAGCUUGAAAAAAAAAAA